AUGGAUGAUUGUAAACCAAUGUCCACACCUAUGCAUCCAACUUGUUCUCUUAACGACGAUGAGUCAGGUCAAAAGUAUGACCCUAAGGAAUCCCACUUAAUAGUUGUUAAGAGGAUCUUUAGAUAUCUGAAAGGAAUUACUAACCUUGGUAUGUCUUAUAAGAAAUGCUUUGAGUAUAGGUUAGUAGGUAUUUGUGAUGCUGACUAUGCUAGAGAUAACCUAGAAAUGAAGUUUUCUAGUGGAAACUAUACAUUACUUGGAAAUGGUGUUGUGGCUGCACCCUUAGAGGUUGAUGAAUCUAUCGCUCCCAUAUUCAUAGAAGACAACAAAGAAGUCAUUAUGGAAUACCUUUGUUUGUGUCAAUCUUGCCAAGUUGUGGCUCCAAUGUGUUUGCCUCUGCCCCAUGCUGAACAGGUUCUUGCAAAGAAAAAGAAAACAAUGGCUCCAUCUCCAAGCAUUGAAGAGGAUGAGGAUGUCACAACCAUCACCAAUGAAGACACAAAAACUCCUUUACGAAGAAAGAAACGAUAG